ACGGAUUUCAUUCGUUGUGCCCAUCCCUCCUCGCGAUGUUCCUCUACUUCGGCCAGAAAGGUGUCGAAACCAUCUCGGCGCCGCUCGUCACGAUCCAGAACCGUAUGCGCAAGCCCGAGAAGGACAUGGUCGCCAUGCGCAAGGAUUUGUCGCGCGACUGAGAUGCCAAUGGGGGAAUCGCCCGCGGUGAUCAGCCAUACUCGCGGUUCGCUAUGCGACGGGAAUUGCGAGCGGGAAUCGGGCGAAGGGUGGUUCUCCAUGGAUAGGGUCGGAUUCAGCGCCAGCGCUUAAGCGCGAUACCCAUUGCGCGAUUAAGAAAGGUUAGCGACGAAGUUCUCGCAGGUCGUGGAAGCUAUCGUAGUUCGCAAUUUGUGAGAAAUCGACAGAGCUUCUCCGGACAAUUGCGGAGUUGGAGGGGGAACCGAUUGCGAAUGCCAAGCCCCGCCCAAAGUCCCCUUUAGUCCAACGGGCUGGACGAAAGAGCCGGCCGCUUAGCUCUUCUGAUCGCGUUGGCCGCUUCUUUCUCUUUCUCUCACCAUCUCCCGCCAUCGCAACAUGCCUGAACAGCGGCAACGCAGAGAGGAGGAAGGAAGCAAUUCCGGCUUCAAGGGUGCCCUUCAGGGCCUUGGAAUCUUCCUGCUGGCGCAAUUCGUAAUUGGCCAAUUCUUCGGCAACAAGCAGAAUGCAGCUUCUACCGUCAAGCCGGGUAACAUGCCCGCAUUUGCGGAUCGCCCCGACCCCAGUCAAGUCGCAGAUUACAGCGCCAUCCCGGACCUCAUCUCCCCUAUCUGGCCAUCCGAUAGCGCCAUCGAUAUCAGCAUCUAUGUGACUCCCUCGAUCGUUGUACCUUCUUUCAAGUCCAAGGAUAGCGUCCUUGUGAUGCAGGAGAAGAACUUCACGAUCGGCAAUUACAGCGACAGCCGUGAGAUUGACACCACCAUCAAGCUGCCCAAGCAGGUCCAGCAGAAUGGAACACUCUUUGCGCACUUCUUCGUCGCUCGUACGGGAUACCCCCUGGAUCCUACCGCUAAGGAUUAUAAUACCGCCGAUGCUGUCCACUUCCUUCGCCCCUUGAAUCAGUACCUUCCCAAGAAGAAGGCGAAGAAGCUCAAGAAUCUGCUAGCCGCCUCCGAGGAAGAGGAAGAGGAAGAGGUGGAUGAUACUCCGGACGUGCAGACGGUCUCGUACUAUCACCCUAACUUCACUCUCUCCGUGGUUCCGGACUCUGGCUCUCAGAAGUUCUCCCAGAUGCACCCCGCAGUUCGCCAGUAUGUGCAGCUGGAGCGCACCGGUGCCCGAGACGAGACCGGCAAGAACGGCUGGUACUAUCCGAUCCUAUUCCUCAACACUUUCUGGCAAUUGAAGACCCACAUGACGGAGCUGAACUCGACUGUGACGGAGGUGCCUCUGCGGAUUACCCUCAACAACUUGGCCAACUGGAAGUUUAGUAUCCUUACCAGCAUUGAUGAGGGCUCGAAGCAAAGUGCUCGCCAGGCUGCGUACGGUGGACCCGUGCCUGGUGGUGGCGAUGGCUCUGAGUGGGAGACGAUCAAGGAAGUUCUGUUGGACACCAACAUCUACCUCCUGGGUACCACCGGUAUUGUCACCAUCUUGCACAUGGUUUUCGAGACCCUGGCGUUCAAGAAUGACAUUGCUCAUUGGCGUAAGAAGAAGGAUAACGUAGGCACGUCUGUGCGUACCAUCCUGGCGAAUGUCUUCAUGCAGGCAGUCAUCUUCCUUUACCUCAUGGACAACAGCGACAAUACAUCAUGGAUGAUUCUGGCUAGCCAAGGAUUCGGUAUUCUUCUGGAAGCCUGGAAGAUCACCAAGACCGUCAAUGUUCGCCUGCGCCCCCCGCCCGCCAGCUCCUUCUUUUCCUUCUUGCCCUACGUGGUUGUCUUUGAAGACAAGCACAAGCUGAGCGAGACCGAGGAGAGGACCAAGGAGUAUGAUGAGAUUGCAUUCCGCUACCUGUACAUUGUUGCGGUGCCCCUUCUUCUCGCCUAUGCCGCAUACAGCCUUAUGUACAACACUCACAAGUCAUGGUAUUCGUACAUCAUUGAGACACUCGUCGGCAGUGUUUACGCCUACGGCUUCUUGAUGAUGGUUCCCAGCCUGUACAUCAACUACCGCCUGAAGUCCGUUGCGCACAUGCCUGGCAAGGCGAUGGCCUACAAGUUCCUGAACACUUUCAUCGACGACCUUUUCGCCUUCACCGUCAAGAUGCCCUGGCUGCACCGUUUGGCCACCCUCCGCGACGAUGUCAUCUUCUUCAUCUGGCUGUAUCAGGGCUGGAAGUACAAGGUUGACUACAAGCGUGUCAACGAGUUCGGACAGGGAGGUGACAGCGACGAGGAGGAAGAGCCCACUGCUACCCCCAAGCUUGAGGAGAAGAAGCAGGACGAGACAGUGGCGUCACAGUCUUCUGCCAAGGUGGACAACAAGUCAUCUACCCGCCAGCGGAAGUCGAAGAAAUGAGUGUGCUCCGCCCACGGGCUAGCUCUCAUGAUAGUUGUUCACUUGGCCAGCUUCUUAUCAUCCUUGAGUUGUUAGAGAUUCAUCCCUUUCCUGCAUUCUUCCAGAUCUUGCAAUCAGCCCUAUUGUUUCUUGACGAUGUUGGGAGUAUAUUGUUUGGUCUCCGAAUUUGGGUGGAAAUUUCAUGUUUAAGAGUAACGAGAUCCACUCUUCUGACUUCGUAAAUCAUUUUAAUCAUAGAAAUUGAAUGAGAAUACACUUAGUUUUCCACAAUCGCAU